AUGACCGAAAUGAGCGAGAAGGAGAGCGAACCGGAUGACGCGGCCACCCACACCGCCCCGGGGACCGUGUCCGUCCUCCAAGAAACCAAGCUCCAGCGGUUCAAGCGCUCGCUUUCCCUCAAGACCAUCCUCCGAAGUAAGAGCGUGGAGAACUUCUUCCUCCGCUCAGGCUCUGAGCUCAAGUGCCCCACCGAGGUGCUGCUGACCCCGCCGACCCCGCUGCCCCCUUCCUCCCCACCACGGGCAUCCACAGAUAGGGGCCUGCCCACCCCGGCACCCUCCCCCUGCCCAGUCCCACGUCCCCUGGCAUCUCUCAAGCCAGUGAGGCUGCACAGCUUCCAGGAACAUGUCUUCAAGCGAGCCAACCCCUGUGAGCUGUGCCACCAGUUCAUUGUAGGGAACUCCAAGCAGGGCCUGCGGUGUAAGACAUGCAAAGUCAGUGUCCACCUCUGGUGCUCCGAGGAGAUCUCCCACCAGCAAUGCCCAGUCAAGACGUCCUCCUCCUUCCGUCGCAACUUCAGCUCCCCCCUCCUGGUGCAUGAGCCGCCACCAGCCUGUGCCACAAUCAGAGAGUCCCCACCCACUGGCGCCAGCGGGAAGGUGGACCCCAUCUACGAGACCCUACGCUAUGGCACCUCCUUGGCACUGAUGAACCGCUCCAGCUUCAGCAGCACCUCCGAGUCCCCCACGCGGAGCCUGAGUGAGCGGGAGGAGCUGACCGAGGAUGGGGAAAGCAGCAUCCGGAGCUCUGAGGAGGGCCCUGGCGACAAUGCAUCUGCAGUGUUCACAGCCCCGGCAGAGAGCGAAGGGUCAGGACCAGAGGAGAAGAGCCCUGGGCAGCAGGCCCCCAAACACCCGCUGCGGAAGGACGUGGGACCCAUGUACUCCUAUGUUGCGCUCUACAAGUUCCUGCCCCAGGAGAACAACGACCUGGCUCUACAGCCUGGCGAUCGGAUCAUGCUGGUGGAUGACUCUAACGAGGACUGGUGGAAGGGCAAGAUAGGCGACCGGGUUGGCUUCUUCCCAGCCAACUUUGUGCAGCGGGUGAGGCCCGGCGAGAACGUUUGGCGCUGCUGCCAACCCUUCCCCGGGAAUAAGGAGCAGGGUUACCUGAGCCUCAAGGAGAACCAGAUCUGUGUGGGCGUGGGCAGGAGCAAGGAUGCUGACGGCUUCAUCCGCGUCAGCAGCGGCAAGAAGCGGGGCCUGGUGCCAGCCGACGCCCUGACCGAGAUCUGAGAGGAGCCAAGAGAAGCCAGAUGCCACCCCUGCCUUUGCCUGGC